CGGAGAGUUGGAGCACUUUCACUUUGACAGCUCUCUAUUCUCAAUCGUGCAGUGAAUUCGUUGUAUUGAAAUGGCGGAUGUUUUGAACAAGGCUCAGGAAUUGGGGGUAGAAAAGUAUCCUCGGAAGUCAGAAAAAUGGAUUCAGUAUGGUACUGCUGGAUUCAGAACUAAAGCGGAAGAACUAGCCCAUGUUAUGUAUCGGAUGGGGGUUCUAGCAGCCUUUAGAUCCAUGCAGAAAAAUGCUGUUAUUGGUGUUAUGAUAACUGCAUCCCACAAUGAUGAACCUGAUAAUGGAGUUAAGUUGGUUGAUCCACAUGGAGAAAUGUUGGAAGCAGCAUGGGAAGUCAUUGCUACCAAAUUAGCCAAUGUCAAGAAUGAAGAACUUUCAUCAACAAUGAAUGGUAUAUUGGAAGAAAACAAAAUAAAGCUUGGAAAAAGUGCAAUGGUUUAUGUUGGCAGAGACACGAGGCCAAGUAGUCCAUACUUAGCCCAAGCAAUCAUUGAUGGCGUUGAAUCAGUUCAAGGAUGUGUCACUGAUUUUGGUGUUGUCUCCACUCCUCAGUUGCAUUUCUUUGUUACUUGCCAAAACACGAACAAAGCUUAUGGAGAACCUAACGAAGAAGGGUAUUUUCAAAAGAUAGCUACAGCAUUUAAAGCUCUCAGGGGAGAAAAUGCUGACAAUGGCCAGUACCAGCAUAGUCUCACUCUUGAUGGAGCUAAUGGGGUUGGUGCUUUAAAAAUGAAGGUUCUUCAGGAAUACUUGGGAAAUAGCCUUGAAGUGUCCAUUUUCAGUAGCGGCGAAGGCAAGCUAAAUUAUCAAUGUGGAGCAGACUAUGUCAAAGUUCAGCAGAAACCUCCACAAAGCAUGCAACUUGAAGUAGGCCAGCGUGCGGCAUCAGUGGACGGCGAUGCCGACCGUUUGGUUUAUUACUAUCGAGAUGCUCAAGGAAAAUUUAAACUGCUUGAUGGUGAUAAAAUUGCCACUUUAGUCGCUGGUUAUAUUAAAAAACUGGUCAAAGAAAGUGGCUUGAACCUGAACAUGGGACUAGUUCAAACUGCCUACGCAAACGGAAGUUCAACAGAAUAUAUCAACAAUACUUUGGGAGUUGAAGUGGCGUGUGUUCCAACCGGUAUCAAGCAUCUUCAUCAUCGUGCUCUAGAUUUUGACAUAGGCGUCUAUUUCGAAGCGAAUGGCCAUGGCACUGUUAUAUUUAGUCCUACGGCCAUCGAUAUCAUUAAAAAAGCUGCCUCCGAUGAAACUCUACCGGCAGAUCAUGUCGUAGCCGCAAAACGACUCUUCUUAUUAAUGGACGUGAUAAAUCAAACAGUUGGCGAUGCAUUAUCAGAUCUCCUACUGGUAGAAACAGUGCUUCAUGCAUUCGGUUGGAGUAUUGCUGAAUGGGAUGCAGCCUAUACCGACUUACCAAAUAGACAGAUGAAGGUCAGCGUCGCUGACAGAAAUGUCAUUCAGACUUCAGAUGCGGAACGUCGUUGCGUGGAACCUCCUGGAUUGCAAACCGAAAUUGAUUCAAUAGUGGCUAGAUAUAACAAGGGUCGUUCCUUUGCUCGCCCAUCUGGUACAGAAGAUGUAGUUCGAGUAUAUGCGGAGGCCGACACUCAAGCUAACGCCGAUCAAUUGGCACACCAGGUAGCAUUGAAGAUCUACGAAUUAGCUAAUGGUGUUGGCCCUGUGCCCUCUCUGCCCAACUGAAAUAACAAUGCAAUGAAAUCAAAUUAGGCAAAUGUCAUGUGAGUAUGGGGUAUAUGUUAGUGAUGUGUAAGAUUUUAUUUGAUGUUGGAUUAGAUUUCAUAUUUUACAGCUGUUAUGAAACUUCGUUUUCAAAUACACAUUCCAGCCUUGUUUCAUUGAAUAGUUCAAGCUGCGUAAUACAAGUGGAGUCAGUGUU